AUGCUGCGGGUGCUGUCGCUACUACUAGUGUGGUGCUGCUGCUAUGGCAAAGAAAAGAAGAGAAAGACAAAAACAAAAACAAAAGGAGACAAAGACAAAGAGAAGGAAAGAGAUAAAGAAAGAGACAAAGACAAAGACAAAGACAAAGACAAAGACAGAGAUGAAGACAAAGACAAAGACAAAUACAAAGACAAAGACACAGACAAAGACACAGACAAAGACACAGACACAGACAAAGACACAGACAAAGACACAGAGAAAGACAGAUAUGAAGACAAAGACAAAGACAAAGACAGAGACAGAGAUGAAGACAAAGACACAGACACAGAAAGAGACAGAGAAAGAAACGACGUAAGGAAACAUGUAAGGAGACAAAGGAGAGAUAUAAAGAGACAGAGAAGGAGACAGACAAGGAGACAGAGAAGGAGACAGACAAGGAGACAGAGAAGGAGACAGGAUAGAGAAAAGGAGACAAAAAGGAGACAGAAGAGGAGACAGAGAAAGAGACAGAAGAGGAGACAGAGAAAGAGACAGAGAAGGAGACAGACAAGAAGACAGAGAGGAGACAAAAAAGGAGACAGAAGAGGAGACAGAGGAGACAGAGAAGGAGACAGACAAGGAGGAGAGGAGACAAAAAAGGAGACAGAAGAGGAGACAGAGGAGACAGAGAAGGAGACAGACAAGGAGACAAAAAAGGAGACAAAAAAGGAGACAGGAGACAGAGAAAGAGACAGAAGAGGAGACAGAGAAAGAGACAGAAGAGGAGACAAAAAAGGAGACAAAAAAGGAGACAGAAAAGGAGACAGAGAAAGAGACAGAGACGGAGACAGAGACGGACUCUCCAUGGCUACUGCAACACCGAAGCAGGCGGGGGGAUAG